AUGGUCUCUGAAUUUUUCCCAGUCCUCAGGUGUGCCGCUUUUUUCGCUAAUUUAUAUGUUUCUUCUUUGGGCUUGAUACUAUCCCUAAUUUCCCUUGUCAGCCACGGGUGCACUACCUUCCCUGGUUUAUUCUUUGGCCAAACAGGGAUGAACAAUUGUUGUAGUUCAUCCAUGCAAUCUUUAAAUGCUUGCCAUUGCAUAUCCACCGUCAACCCUUUAAGUAUCAUUUGCCAGUCUAUCUUAGCUAAUUCACAUCUCAUACCUUCAGAGUUACCCUUCUUUAAAUUCAGAACCUUUGUUUCUGAAUUAACUAUGUCACUCUCCAUCUUAAUGAAGAAUUCCACCAUAUUAUGGUCACUCUUACCCAAGGGGCCUCGCACAACAAGAUUGCUAACUAACCCUUCCUCAUUGCUCAAUACCCAAUCUAGAAUGCCCUGCUCUCCAGUUGGUUCCUCGACAUGUUGGUUCAGAAAACCAUCUCGCAUACAUUCCAAGAAAUCCUCUUCCUCAGCCCCCUUACCAAUUUGGUUCACCCAAUCUAUAUGUAGAUUGAAGUCACCCAUUAUAACUACUGUUCAUUUAUUGCACGCAUUUCUAAUUUCCUGUUUAAUGCCAUCCCCAACCUCACUACUACUGUUAGGUGGCCUGUACACAACUCCCACCAGUGUUUUCUGCCCCUUAGUGUUAUGCAGCUCUGCUCAUAUCGAUUCCACAUCCUCAAGGCUAACGUCCUUCCUUUCUAUUGUGUUAAUCUCCUCUCUAACCAACAAUGCUACCCCACCUCCUUUUCUUUCCUGUCUAUCCCUCCUGAAUAUUGAAUAUCCCUGGAUGUUGAGCUCCCCGUCCUUGGUCACCCUGAAGCCAUGUCUCUGUGAUCCCAACUAUAUCAUAUUCAUUAAUAACUACCUGCACAUUCAAUUCAUCCACCUUGUUACGAAUGCUCCUCGCACUGACACACAAAGCCUUCAGGCUUGUUUUUACAACACUCUUAGCCCUUAUACAAUUAUGUUGAAAAGUGGCUCUUUUUUGCUUUUUGCCCUGGAUUUGCCUGCCUGCCACUUGCACUUUUCACCUUACUACUUUUUGCUUCUACCCUCAUUUUACACCCCUCUGUCUCUCUGCACUUGUUCCCAUCCCCCUGCCACAUUAGUUUAAAGCCUCCUGAACAGCAGUAGCAAACAGUCCCCCUAGGACACUGGUUCCAGUCCAGCCCAGGUGCAGACCGUCCUGUUUAUACCGGUCCCACCUCCCCCAGAACUGGUUCCAAUGUCCCAGAAAUAAUGUCCCCUUCUCUUUCCACGCAGCAUAAUUAGGCUGACCAUAAUGUUUUUUAUCCUAAUGCUGGAUAGGAGAUACGAAGCAGUAACAUCAAAGCUUCCAGGAUGCUGAGUAUUGUUGAUGAUGUGGUUGGCCCUCUCCUAAAUGGAUGUGAUAUAGUCACUACUGUCCUUUAACUGCAGCAAAGGGUUUGAUGGGUGUUUCAAAGUAUUUCAUUACAAUAAGAUUUAAUUAUCUCUUAUUGAUGGGUGGCAGAUAGAUCUGUCCCAAUCCUGCACCUACUGAUGGUGAUUAGCAGAAUGUGACCGCUCGAAAUAGAGCUGCCCUGCCCUUUUGCUCCGGUUGGUGUCGCUGCUGUGAGCAUCGUGAGUCACUUCUGAGGCUGGCUGUGCGCAUGCGUCUUGGUGCUGCAUCACUGUUUCCAUGAUGGCUGACAUCAGCUCUCGGGUGAAGCGGGGGAACUUUGCCUGCAUUCUGAAGGCUGAGUUCCAGCGUCUCGAUCCUACGUCAUCACAUGACGUCCCCACGUGUCAGAACGUGAGUAGGAAGAGUUUGGAGCAUGCACAGAAAUGACGGAAUGAUUGAAAAGCUUGUACGGUUUAAACGUGGUUGCUGUUUGCUGUUAAAUAAAAGUUCUAGUUAUGUUCUUCCAUAUUAUAAAGACUACGUUUCUUUAUAAGUAACCCACCAUACGUAAAAAGAGCACAACAUGGUGUCAGAAGUUGGUCUGGAAGAAUAAUUCGUUUCGCUAACACAGGAGAAGCGAAGAUAAUCGAAAAUAGUUGAGAAAAAAGAGCGCAAACUCUUUUGUUGUUUGCUCUCAGUUUUAAAAAUGGAAGUUCUGCAACCCCCAUUUACGCUUCAGUUGACUGGAAAUGUAGCUGAAAACUGGAAAAGAUUUAAACCGCUUUGA